AAGAAUGAGGGUUUUGACUGGGAGCCCCCAGUGAGUAGGCCUGAAGAGACAGAUUGAGAUGAGUUCAGUAAGGUUGGAUUUCUUGUGUUUAUAGCCAUGGUGGUCAACUGCACUGCGUUGACGGAGCGGAAGUCACAGAUGGGUAAGGUAGUUGCAGCAGCAGAGAAAUAGUUGGGUGAGAGAUUUUAGUGCAGAAGAUCUACAAAAAACUCUACAGGGAGUUUUUUUAGGGAGGGCAUCCCAUCCUCCCUGGCCAACAGCCUGGUGUAGAAUCGUUUAGGGCUGGGGUGGUGGGUUUUGGGGAUAGUGUAUAGGUAAGGUACAGGGCUAGUUGGUGGUGCAAUUUAAAAAAGAUCUCCUUGAACUUUUUUUUUUUACCAGAAUGUGCAAUCCGACUUGCGAAAAGCAGCAAUAAGCAGCACAGCGUCUUCCGGAAAUUCACACGAAGAAGAACAUUGGCUAAACUCCAUCGAAGAAGAGUGGGUUCCUCGCUUUCUCUACGGUCUCUGGCUUUACUACCCUGCGACUCUUUCCUAUCGAGACAACAUAGAAAACAAGCCAUAUAGCUAGCUGUUUAUCUUUUGAUAAAGAUGUCAACCACGACCGGCGGCGGAGAGUUUGGCAACCCCUUGCGGAAAUUUAAGCUCGUAUUUUUAGGCGAGCAAAGUGUGGGGAAGACAUCACUUAUCACCAGGUUUAUGUAUGACAGCUUUGACAAUACCUAUCAGGCUACAAUUGGCAUAGACUUUUUAUCGAAAACGAUGUACCUGGAAGAUCGUACGGUCCGGCUUCAGCUCUGGGACACUGCUGGACAGGAGCGUUUCCGUAGCCUCAUUCCCAGCUACAUCCGCGACUCCACCAUUGCUGUGGUGGUUUAUGACAUCACCAAUCUCAAUUCAUUCCAGCAAACCUCAAAGUGGAUUGAUGACGUCAGAACAGAGAGAGGAAGUGAUGUUAUUAUCAUGCUUGUGGGAAACAAAACAGACUUGGCUGAUAAAAGACAGAUCACCACGGAAGAGGGCGAGCAGAGAGCUAAGGAACUGAAUGUCAUGUUCAUUGAAACCAGCGCAAAGACUGGCUACAAUGUCAAACAGCUGUUUCGCCGUGUUGCUGCAGCCCUACCUGGGAUGGAUAGCACACCAGAGAAGAGCAAAGAAGACAUGAUCGAUAUCAAACUGGAGAAGCCACCAGAGAUGGCAGUGACGGAGAGCAGCUGCUCCUGCUAAUAAACACCCACCUGACCUUCCUCCUCUCCACCAACAGCUUGUCUCUCAGUGGCCACUCUCCCCACCCAUGGCUCACUGCCAUCGACCUGAGAACCUCGACCCCCCCCCCCCCCUUCGACUCAGUGACUUUUCAGAGUAACCGUGUGGAAGUGCUAUUACUCUGUAUUUAACAGAUAUUAAACUAUAUUAAAGGUUAAAAGUCGAACACAGAAUAGGUUGAUAGCUGAAUAUGUUCAGCUUUUCAUCCAACUGCAUGACAUUAUAUAGGAUUGCAGACUGACAUAGCUAAUUGCUCUCGGGUUAUUGCGUUGUUGUGAAGUGAUUAUUGUUUGAGAUUAUUUAAGUGACUAUUAAAGGGAUACGGUCUCAGUCCCUUGGAUCUUUGCUUUUAUUUCCAAUGGCGAGUCUGGAGUGGGUCAACUAAUUCUAGCUCCGUGAUAAACAGUGAUUUACAAGGUUUUGAUAUAUUUUGUUCUAAAAGGAUUCCCCUCUAAACUAUGAAUAUUAUUUCCUCUCAUUGUUGGCUCAAAUCAAAGCUAUUAAUUUAGGCCUAAUGGUUUAUGGGACAUUAUUAUCAGGACAUUUUCAAGGCAUGAACAGCCAAAGAACUUUAUUUAGGAUUACUGUAGUAAUCGACUGAUGAUUUCAAUGGCAACUUUUUUUGUUAUUUUGGCAGGUCUCCCAAAGAGGAUGCUGCAGAAAGGAUGUAUAGCCAAUCAUUAAGAAAACAAUGAUUUGCAUUUUUAGAAAAGGGACAUGAUCCCAAAUUCAUUGUAGUGGAAAAUACUAACCGAAAUAUAUUGAUAUACACUUUGAAACGAUAAAUAUGUCACAGCGACUUACAUCAAAAAGCCGCACACAUGCUAACACAUCUUGUGUCUGAGGAGAAGAGGUGUUUUAAAGUUCAAAUGUCAGCCUAUGGAGUGAGCAGGUGUCAAAGCUUUUUACACACUAAAUGGAAACAUGCAUUGGGCCCAUACGAUGUCUGCCUACUCACCCUCCAAUUGAUGUAUAUUGUUGUCUUGUUUUCGUCACACUAUUGCAGGAACGGCGUGCUCAUCAUGCAGGUUUCAUAGAUGGUUAAGAAAAAACGAUGCCUUGCUUGUUUGUUCACCAACGUUGUGCACUGAAUUAAGACCCAACAUUGUAAAGAUGGAGAGGCCUGCUGACAGUAGUUCUGUAGAGCAGGUAGCUAGAGUUGGUCCUCAGAUACAGCUAACGCUUCCUAACACCCUUGCUGUGAAAAUAAGUGCAGUGAAGUUCAUCUUUAGCGCUAUUGCCUGUUUACGACCGUUGGUUAUGUGUUUAUUUAUUUUGAAACACAAGCAACCGUAAAAUUGCCUUGUAUACUUAACCAAAAUGAGUUGCUCCACCCCUGUCAUUUAACAUGUUCUCUCUCACACACACCAACUAAACACAGCCAUAAAUGUCCCACCACCACACACCAAUGCAUUCGCUGUUACAUUUUUACAAAAAAAUGUAGAUGAGUAUUCAAUUACGUCGAACCACCGUCUUUACCUUAACAGCUGUUCUAUUUUCCCUCACUGACUGAGUACUCAACUGAACUGUGUGCUAUUCUGAAGUGUCUGUCCAUUUGAAAUAUGUAGUGUUUAGCAACGUUUGUGUGAAUAAUGUACUAUCUGCUGUAUAAAAAAAGGAGCAUUAAAGAACACCGAAAGGUAUCACAUGAAAUAAAGAGAUUUCACCAAA